AGUCACACAGGAAUGAUUUGGAUCCAAAGUUCUAUCCUUUGACUUCUCCAAGUUUACCAUUCACUGAUUUCCUGUAUGGUAAUGAAACGGAUGUGAACAAAAAUGUCAAGGACAUACAGGAUAUGAGCAAGAUUGGAAAAAUUGGAAAGUUUUUUCGUGGACGAGGAUAUCGAAAUAUGCCAUAUAGGCGAGGAAUACGGGGCUUCCGAAGAGGUUUUCGGGGCCGUGGAUAUCCUGGUUUCCCUGGUUACAUCAGGACUGAGGACAGAAUUCCAGUGCCUGCAAAAAACCAGAGGGAGGGGCAGAAGAAAUAAGUCAGUUUGAUUGGACGGACUCUGGCGAAGCUCAGGAGGGACAAGGGCGAAUGUAUUAUGAUACUUCCACUGUGGCCAACUCAGAACUGGUGGAACAGUUUCUUGGAACUAUUGAUAGAUAUUCCGUUAGUGAUUCCAGUCGAAAGGACUACACUGAUGAUAGCCAAUACGUCCAAAGUACAUCCUUUGGCAGGCAAACUCCAGUUAGUUGUUUCUCGAUUAUCAGGAAAUCCUUUGAAGACAGACAAAUUCCAAAACGAGCUGUUGACAUCAUGCUUGCUUCAUGGAAACCUUCCACUCAAAAACAGUACUCGGUAUACAUUCGAAGAUGGUUUUUGUUCUGUAGUAAAAGGGAGAUUAAUACACUUCAAGUUACUGUGAAUGAUGUUUUAGAUUUUCUUACACAAUUAUUUGACAGUGGUUUGUCAUAUGACACUAUUAAUAUUGCACGAAGUGCCUUGUCAUCAUUAGGUUUUUUGUUAGACGGUUUUGUGGUUGGCCAACAUCCGUUGAUUAAAAGAUUUCUCAAUGGUGUUUUUAAUUUAAGACCAUCUAAGGCAAGGUAUAAAGAUGUUUGGGAUGUGAAUAUAGUGUUGAAGUAUUUAAAAAAUUUACCUGAUGUAAGGUUAUUGACAUUAAAAAAUCUUACAUUGAAAUUAGCAAUGUUGAUUGCCCUGACACAAGCUAGCCGAGUUCAGUCCUUAAAGUUAUUGACACUUGAGGGCCUUAGGCAAGGUCAUAAUUCUAUUGUGUUACAGUACAGUAACUCUUUAAAACAAUGUAAGCCUGGUAGGCGUGUACCAUAUGUUGAAUUAAAGGAAUAUUUUCCUGAUAAAAACAUUUGUGUUGUACAUACUUUGAGGGAAUAUAUCAAGCGAACUGAACCUUUAAGAAAAGGGGAACAUUUGUUAUUCAUCAGUUAUUUGAAACCAUACCAUGCUGUGACUGCAAGUACUAUUAGCCGAUGGCUUAAAACAGUUAUGCAUUUAGCUGGAAUUGACAUUAACGUUUAUAAAGCUCAUUCAAUAAGAGGUGCAUCAACAUCCAAAGUUAGUCAGUUUGUACCUAUUAAGGAAAUACUAUCUGUUGCGGGAUGGAAUAAUGCUACAACGUUCAACCGGUUCUAUAAUAGAGACAUACAACAGCAAAGAUCCUUCUCGGAUUCUUUAUUGGAUUCUUCACAAUAGGUUGGACAACUACACUGGUAUGUAGAAAUUUCUACAUAUGUCAUAAAUUUUCUCUGUAUUGCUUUAAAGUCUCAUGUGGUCUCGGAAGUAGUAUGACGUAAUAGAAUCCCCCAAACAAACGAAUACUUACCAAGUUGAAGUUUGGUUGGGAUUCUAUGUAGUCAUAUAUCUACUGAAGAGAUCACAUGCCCACCCACAAUGUUAGUUAUGAAAUGUUUUUGUGUAUACCCUCCCAGGAAAUUGUGCACGGAGGUUGUUCUUAAUAUCUAUAUAGGGUGUUUGUGCUCUAUGUUUUCGAAAAUUUAUGGUUUGAAGCUGUUAAGUACUGAUAUUAUGGUCACGGUUCGGCGCGCAUCUCAUGUGAUCUCUUCAGUAGAUAUAUGACUACAUAGAAUCCCAACCAAACUUCAACUUGGUAAGUAUUCGUUUGUUUGGGG